AUGGCCAAAAUCUCUGCUUUUGCUUCUUUAUCCAUCUUUAAUCUCCUCCUCUUCUCUUCCUUUUCCGCCCUCGCCCUCGACAUCGGCAUCGGCAUCGGCAUCGGCAUUGGCGGUGGCAGCAACUCUCCUCCGCCAUCGACAUCUCCCGAUUGUAACACUCCUCCUCCUCCUCCUCCUCCUCCUCCACCACGGCCUCCGUCUCCACCUCCGCCGUUGCCAUCGAAGCCAGCACCAGCGACCUCCCCGAAACAUCGUUCACCGAAACGAAGUCCACCACGGCCACCGACGCUAAGAUUCGAGAGCAAGAGAAUCGAAAUUGCUUAUAGAGUGAUUCAAAACUACAAAAGUAGAAUCGAGAAUGACCCAUUGAAGGUCAUGGCUACAUGGAAUGGGACCGAUGUUUGCAGCUACAAAGGAUUUAGGUGCGACAAAUAUCCGGAUGCUGAAAACAAGAGGGCGGUGUCGGGGCUUAGCUUCAAUAAUUUCAACUUUAGUGGCUCUAAGCUCACUCUCGAUGGGCUGGCCGACAAGUUGUCGGACAUCGCAUACUUCCAUGCCAAUUCCAACUUUUUCUUUGGCACCAUACCCAAACUCAUUGCCAUGGUCAAGUUCUUGUACGAGCUCGAUCUUAGCAACAAUAAAUUUAAGGGGUCGUUCCCUAAUGAAGUCCUCGGCGCCAUCAAUCUCACGUUUUUGGACCUCCGAUUCAAUUACUAUUGCGGUCCGGUCAACCCGAGGCUCUUUGAUAUGGACAUUAUUGCGGCCAUCUUCCUCAACAAUAAUAAGUUUAAUCAGAGCAUCCCGGCUAACGUCGGCAACACACCUGCUCGGUAUCUGACGUUCACGAGCAACGAGUUCACCGGUGAAAUCCCAAAAAGCAUCGGAACAGGAAAGACAAGGAAAACCCUAAUCGAGGUCCUCUUCUCCGACAACAAGCUCUCCGGCUGCUUACCGAUGGAGAUCGGGCAAUUAGAAAACACCAUUCUCUUCGACGCGAGCAAGAACACCCUCACCGGCCCGAUCCCAUACUCCUUUGCUUGCUUGGCCAAAAUGGAGGUUCUCAACUUCGCCAACAACCGUCUAUACGGCGCCGUUCCGGAGGCGGUCUGCAAGUUACCGAACCUCCAAAACUUCACCCUUUACAACAACUUCUUGACCCAAGUCGGCCCCGUUUGCCGGAGCUUGAUCGGAAGGAAAAUCCUCGACGUCUCUGGAAACUGCAUUUUGGGGCUGCCGGGACAGAGAUCGGAGAAGGAAUGUUCUUAUUUCUUCAGCAAGGUUCAUUCGUGUUCCGAUGAGAAGUCCAUGAAGUAUAUUCCUUGUACGGCGAAUAAAUACUUGUACGGCGAUCCCACCGCCGGCCCACUUCCGCCGCCGAGGAAGAUGACGGAGAUGAGAACUUAUGCCGCUCUUGUCCCCAAUUGAUUUUUACUUUGAUGUAUGUGUUUACUUUUAAUUCUCUUCAAUUCCAAAUUUAAUUUUCAAAUAUUAUGUCUUUUAAAUAAUUGUAAUUACUAAAAACAUUUUAUUUUA